AGUAAUGCGGAGCAAGCCGUGGCAAAUGUAACUCGGCCGACUCGAGGCUAUUUCGACCUCACUCAUUCCUUAAUUUCAAUGCUUUCUAGAUUUUUCAAUGAAAACUUGGUUUCAGUUGGUGUGUAGUGAACGGAAACUGAAAAAUUUUGAAAUGCGCCGAAAUGUCAAAGUGCUCGUCGUUUUAUCCGCGGCUUGGAUGUUUGUUGUUGUUUUUUAUCUACAAAAUAAUAGAGAAUUAAAGUCGCUGGGGAUAGCCUAUUCCCAUGCUGUAUGCAUAAAGUACAAUCUAGCCGCCGUUCUGCACCGGUGCCGACGCAACUACAAUAAGGUCCUGCGUCCGAACACCUCCAGUCAACAGAGGCUACGUGGAGCCGAAGUCCCUCCAAGACCUGAGGACGGCAACGGAGAUCCCUCGACGGACGCAAAAGAUAAGUAGCCCUCUUGCAGUCAGGCGUUAGCAAAGUGCUACUGAACAAAUUAGUUUCCUUGACAAUAAAUCUCUUUUGUUAAUAAUCUUCAAUUUCCUUUCUUCAGUAUAUUACAUAGCAAUAAUGUGUAUCUGAUUGAUUUACCAGGGUCAAUAAAUGAAUAUGUGAAGUUA